UUUUCCUGUUUUAGGUUCUGUUAUUGGUCCCAGUGUGAGGAUGUCGAAACACGACAAAAUGAUAGAUGGUGACUGGGUGUGCCCGAAUGAAGAUUGCCAGAAUUUGAAUUUUGCUCGUCGGACUCAGUGCAAUCGUUGUGGCAUCGAUAAGCCCUUCUCGCGUCAGAGCGGUCAUAAAGGAGGCAUAAAAAUCGGAAAGGCAGCUGCGGAAAAGAGUCGAGGAUUGUUUUCAGCCGACGACUGGCAAUGUCCCAAGUGUGGGAAUGUGAACUGGGCCCGUCGAUCAACGUGCAACGUUUGCAAUGCCCCGAGAACUGGUGAAGAAGAACGCACCGGCUUGGGCGGUGGUUACAAUGAACGUGAAGAUGUCGAGUACAAAGAGCGCGAAGACUCUGAUGGAGAAUAUGAUGAGUUUGGUCGCAGAAAGAAAAAGUUCCGCGGAAAUGAAUCGGACUCGUCCACUCCGUCCGCUUCUAAAACAAAGCCAAGUAAAGAUCAGAAAGAGGCCUCUGAGAAUGAGGAGGAAGAUGACGAUGAAGAAGAAGAUGGGGAUUUGUCCAAGUAUGAUUUAUGGGGAUCCGAUGCGGAGGAAGAUACCAAGAAGGCUGACACCGAAGAAAAAACGACAACGAACGACAAACCCGAAGCGGCGAAGAACAAGCGAAGUCGUAGCAGGUCUCGCUCGUCCAGCAGCGAGCGCCGGUCCAGGUAUUGGGGGGUGUUCACGAGAUCGGAAUGGUGCCCGUUGAUGAUGGAUGCUGUUGGCCGGUACAUCACCCCGGACGUGUGGUGGUACUACAUGAUCGAGUUGUCGUUCUAUUGGGCGUUGAUGGUGUCCCAGUUCACGGAUGUGAAGCGCCGUGAUUUUGCGCAA